AUGUCUGCUCAAGUUUCACCGCUCGCUCUCAUCAUCCCCCGUCCACAUAUUCCUAGACCGCGUCCUUCAACAAGUUCUUUCAUUCCUUCUGCUCCACGGACUCCUUCUCGUAGCCCAGUCGCGUCUCAUAUUUUCAUUUCGCCCCCAGCUCCAAAUAGGAACAGUUGUGAUUCAUGGAAUAGCUCAAACUAUGAUUUUGACGACCCUAGCUUGGACUGGAAGGAGGAUGAGGUUAGGUUACUUGGCAGGACCUUGGAUGCGCUACCUUCUCAUCUUAUCACACCUUUCAACGGCUCAAUUCCGCCUCCGAACCUCCUUGACAAGAUUGCACGCGGUAUCACUGCUGCCAAAGGCCCGAAUGACUGGCCCCAUUCCGUCACCGCGACGCGUGCUAAAUUGCUUGACCUGGCCCGUGCAAGAGCAAUAGAGGAGCGGAGGAAGUCCAUCAUUGACGAGGACGUUAUCUUUCUCAGCGGCAAUGUACAUCGUCCGGCAGAUAUGAGCAAAUGUGCUGAGCGCAACGAUACUUCACCAGACGUACUUCAACCUACCACAAAUACUCCUAAGCGCCACCCACUAUACAGGCAGUCCAGCAUGGAUUUCAUGACCGAUGCGAAGGCUGACCAUAAUGAGAGCAUUGCUCGCCUUUCGCACCGUCUCCAACGACACGAGCACACUUUCCACCACCCGUACCUACGCCCUGCUCAUUUGCGUCGUCCAAUAGAACAUUCCCUUGCUCCCUCGACACCCAGCUCAUCAACGCUCAAUGCCUCUCAGAGCAAUAUUCGAAAGUCUACUGCGUCCUCGAAUUCGAAUUCCAGCUUUGGCACUCCCGUUUCCACAUCAGCGCCUCUUCGUCCGUCCUCCCUGCGCAGAUCGUCCACGUUGACCCUGGCGAGCUCUUGCGAGAUGCGCGUGGAUCCGGAAGGUGACGGCGAGAAUCUGUUCAAGACUGCCGAAUUUCGCCAUAGCGGAGGGUAUCCUGACGCAGCCAUUGUCGGUGUAAAGGUCAAGAAAGUCCCUACGCAGCCCACUACUCCAAGGACACCAUCAACGAAGAACGUCAAGACACCCUAUUCAAAAACAAAACCUAAAGUCCCCGCUCUAUCCGUAAUCUCCCCGCCAAAGACACCUCCAUCCAAAUCUCGAGUGCUACCCACCACCUCAAUCAAAGCAGCCACACCCAUCAAGCAGCCUAAAUUCCGCAAGGGACACGCGCCUUCCCUAUCCAUCUCCUCUGACGAGGAGGAGAAAGUACGUUCUCAACGUGCGAAGAAGCCCCGUACGAGGGAACCUUCGUGGUCGGUAAUCGCAUCCUCGGACGCACAUGCACGACAGACUCUGCCAGUUUUGGCACCAACGCAAAUUACUACUACAUCGUCUGUGCACAAGGAUCAGUCCAAGAAACGCGAGUCGGGGCGGAGUACUUUUUCACUGCCCAAGGCUUCCUCUAGCUCGUCUGAUAAUGACAAUGAAUUUUCGACGGCGAGUGUAGAGACUGCUGCAACCACCGUCUCGCUAUCUACACCUGCCUUCCCCGUGCCCAUACCAAAGGUGAAACCCAAGCCAAAGGAGACGGAGGAAAUGAAGGCAAUGACGAAGCCAAAGCCCAUCCGCCGCAACCUCAUGCGCAACCCCUCGAUGUUUGGUCCUGAACUGCCGUGUCCACAGGCGACUCCAUCGCCUCCGUCGCGUAUCCCGCUGUCGUCUCCUAUCGGAUCUCCUGUUGCAGUGUCCCUUGCAUCUCCCGCGACUGCGCCUUCCCUGUCCCCGAGUACACCUGCUACACCUCUGCUCGCGAUCCAGGCGCGUCCACGCACGCUUCGCCGUGCUGCGCGUAGGAUCUCGUUUGGGAGCUUGAGGGCCGCGAGUCCUGUUUUCUCUGGCGAGAGUGGGAUGGUCACGCUUGGGAGUGCGUUCCAGCUUGCUUGA